AUGACCAUCGCGACAAUAAUCGAAGCUCAUCAAACCCCAUCGCUCGAGAAAAUAUGGACAAAUUUCUGCUCACCAACCUCUACCCCGAGAAUAAUGCAAGAUGCAGUCCACGGCAUUACCCAAGAAAUAGUCCUCGCCGCCAAGUCGCACGAUAAAGCUCUUGGCGGAUCAACGACAAUGAUUCCAAUACUCCGUGGCGCGUUGCCGAUGUUUGUCGCCGCACAACCUCUAUUAUCCUCAUCCUGCAUUCUCGUGCGCUGCAGCAAGACAAAAGGCACUGAGGAUGUAGUGGUUGACUGGUUGGGUCGGGAGCCGUUUCCAGCAGCGCCUGACGAUGGCAAAAUUGUGAUUCUUGACACAAUUAUCGCGACGGGUGAUACUGUCGUGAAACUCUGCGAAGAGCUUUAUGAGAUGAGUGCGGAACCGAGAUCAGUGGCUGUCUGGUGUUGCUAUGCAGCGCCCGAGGCGUUAACGCGAAUUGCUGCGUGUCCGGUGGUGGACUAUGUAGUCGUCGGAAAGAAGGCCGAGAGAUGUGACGAACGGGGGUAUUUGGUUCCCUAUACCAACGGGGAUAUAGGAGAUAAGAUAUACGGGGUCAGCAAAGAGGUUGUGCCUGCUACUGUCGUUGGGAGUAAGAGUGUUAUGUUCCAGGCCCGAGAAUUACUCGUUGAGAACGGAGGAGGUUGGAGACUGACGGAAGAUGGAAGGGCGAUUGAGCGGGAUUUUCAGUUCUCUGGUUUUCAAAAGGCUUGGGCUUUCAUGGGGCGGGUUGCAGACAUGGCGACUCAGCUGCGACAUCACCCUGAGUGGACAAAUGUUGGUCGAUCAAGCUCCCCUAACGUUUCUGUGCUAACAAUCAAAGGUCUACGGAAAGGUCUCUAUCCGCUGGACAACCCACCAGUCCAGAUGCUUGACGGAAUUGGAUCUGUCCAUGGCUCGGAUAUGUGA